AUGGCUAAGCUUACAAGCAAUCAGCUCGCUUAUUCUUUGUACCUGCUCUCCAUCUUUUCCCUCCUCAUUUCGACGGAGAUGGCCAUGGUGGAGGGGAAAUUAUGCGAGAGGCGAAGCAAAACGUGGUCAGGGUUUUGCGGGAAUUCUGGCAACUGUGACCGCCAGUGUAAGAACUGGGAAGGUGCGAGGAGCGGAGCGUGCCAUGCUCAGUCCCUAGGAUUGGCAUGCUUUUGUUACUUCAAUUGCCGAUCAAGAGGAUUAUCGGGAUAUAGAUUACUUCAACUGUUGAUCAAGCAGAUUACCGUGACCAAUUUCGAGCUUAAUAAUCUGUAUUAG